CCGUUUCCUAUUUUGAGUGCACAUGUGAAAUUUUACAACUAAACAUGUUUUAAUUUUUCAUUACUGGUAAUCAGUAAAAACAAUAGAAAAAAUAAUCCAGAAAAGAAACAAAAAAAUCCCCGAAAAAAUUGUUAUGUUGCGAAGGCAGGCCAGACUCCGAAGAGAAUACAUCUAUCGCAAAUCUAUUGAGGAUCGAGAGAGAACCAUUCAAGAAAAGAAGGAAAAAUUAAAGCGAUCGAUCGAUGAAAAUAGGUCGAUUCCUAGUGAUUUGAGGAAGGAUGCCAUUUCCUUGGAGAAGACGCUGAAUUGGCAAGAUGCUGGUGCCGAUGGAGUAACAACACAUAUCGAUGAUGAAUACAAAUGGGCAGGUGUUGAGGACCCAAAGGUGAUGAUCACCACAUCACGUGACCCAAGCUCUAAGCUAAAGCAGUUUGCCAAGGAAGUAAAGUUGCUAUUUCCUAACAGCCAGCGAAUUAACCGAGGAAACUACGAGAUAAAGCAGCUGGUUGAUGCGUGUCGUGCCAAUGAUGUCACCGAUCUUCUCCUGGUUCAGGAACACAGAGGUGUCCCAGAUGGCUUGGUUGUUUGUCAUUUACCCUAUGGUCCCACAGCCUAUUUUACUCUCUCCAAUGUGGUAAUGCGUCAUGACAUUCCAGACAUGAAAACCAUGUCAGAAGCUUUUCCUCAUUUGAUUUUUCACAAUUUCUCAUCAAGACUUGGAAACAGAGUGAAAAGCAUCCUUAGGUUUCUGUUUCCAGUGCCGAAAGAUGAAAGUAAAAGAGUAAUGACAUUUUCUAAUGAAGACGACUACAUAUCGUACAGACAUCAUGUUUACAAGUAUGGUGAAGGAAGACAAAUUGAACUUCAGGAGAUUGGGCCGAGAUUUGAAAUGAAAUUGUAUCAAAUAAUUCUUGGCACAAUAGACAUUGCUGACUCUGCCGAUGUGGAGUGGGUUCACAGACCAUACAUGAACACAGCCAAGAAACGCAGAUUCCUUAGUACAGAUUGAAAAGUGUGAUAUUGGAAAUAAAUUAUUGAUUACAUAACGACAGCAAAAUGUUGGUAUGAUUUUAAGAUCUAUCUCCACAAAUACUUCGAGGAGUGUUUAAAUAGUCUUUGAAGCAGGAACAUUGUGGGACAUAUUCCACUUGAGGAAAAUCAUGCGACUAAAGGCUUGUACAACCCACUUGUAGGCAUUGAUUUCAGGAAAAUACCAGGAAGGAUGUAAGCCUCAGAUUUUAUGGAUUGUGUGAAGCAGUGCUCCCUAAGGAUCUGAAAGAGGUGAAAACCAUUGUGUCACAAUCAGGAAGCUGGAAAAUGUAAUACUGAAUUUUUGUCAUCAACUUUUUCUAAUAAACUUUUGAAAACUCUGCCGAUUAUGGUAUAAAAAAAUAACACCUGAAUUACUGGUUACUGAUUUAAUACUUUAAUACUAAAGAUUAGUCUUGUGGUUCAGUCUUAAAAAUAUAUAUAUAUAUAUGAUUAAACUGUUAGGAUGAAGGAGUUAUGCAAACUAUCAUCAUCUGGUUUAUUAUACAAAUGAAGUAAUUAUGGGAUAUUUGAAAAACAGUUGCUCUUAUCUUACUGUUAAUCAGUCUUUAUCAUUCAUAAAUAAAUGUCAUUGAUAUUA